CUUCAUAAAGGAUUCAUGUAAUAUCAUCAAGCUUCUAAUUUUAGAAAAAAAAGUUAAAUGCAAAAUGAAUAUGCUAUUUUGAUAAUAUGAAAUAUGUGUGCUCUAAAAUGCAAAGUCUUCAGGAUUCACACAAGUGGGGAGGUGGCUGGGGAGAGGGAAGCUGCCCUUGCAGUGGAGAACUGAUUAUAGUCAAAUAAGCAUUUUUUCCCACCAAUAUCUAAAGUUACUGUAAUUUUUAACACUAAAUAGUGGACAGAUAUAAAAUAAGAAUAGAAAUGACAUUUAUUGUCCUUCAGUGGGAAAUUUCCAGUGCAACAGCAGAAAGUGACAGGCAAUUUAUUCACACAAACAGACAUGCAUAUAUAUUUGUGGAUAUAUAUGCACACAAAAAAUUUAAAAUUACAACCUAAAAAUACUGUGGAGUCAUUAAAAAAAGCUUACUCCCAUCCUAAGGAAUAUGCAACUGAGAAGGGCAAUUUAAGAAAUGUGUAUUUGUGCAUUAAAAAAAUUCCUUGCAAUACUAACAAUAUGACAUUGAUUAAUAUAGAGUGUUUUCAGUAUGGUAUUAAAAACAGUGAAAUAGUUAUGGUAACAAAUCCAUUCUGAAUCUAUAUUUUACCAAGCAGUAAAACAAUCAUCUAAAGUAUUGCAUGGGGCUAGGGUUGUCACAGUAUUCAAAAUUGACUCUUGCCUCCAUAUUUGUUUCAUCUUCCUUGCCUUCAGAUUUGGCAACAUAUAGGUAACAAAGUUCCUCUCUUGUCCUUCUAGUGUUGCACUUAAUGUGGAGAUGCAAAGACUGCAAGAGGGUGUUUUCCAGAAGAUCUGAAUUGCUCAAGCACUACAAACUAGACCACAGGCAUUAUGGACGGGGUUAUUCGUAUCCAUGCUCAUAUUUAAGUUGUGCAUGUAGAUUCAAGACCUGGAAUGCUUUACUGAGCCAUUUAUCAAGAAAUCAUCCAGUCAAACAAACAGUUACCAAAGACUUAACCAGAUUCAAAUGCCCCAUUUGUGAUUUUAAUCAACUUUCCACUGAGAGAGAUUUUUUUCAACAUAUAUUUCAACAUCUCAAGAACAAGGAAACUGUCACGUGUGUGUUUCAGGACUGUGUUUAUCAAACAAAUAUUUACGAGAACUACAAAAGUCAUAAAUACAGAAAACAUUCUGACAUUAGCAAUACAUUUAAGACUGGGAUUACUGAAAAAAAACAAUUAGACUGUGGUGAAGAAUUGUGUGUUAGUUCUGGUACUGAUAUUUUUGAUCAAGACAGUACUGCACAAGCUAAUCAAGAUCACACAUUUAAUGAGACUGAUUCUGAAAACUUACAGAGAGAUAUUGAACUUAAACUUGCAUCAGUUCUUCUAAAGUUAGAAAGCAGUUUUCUUGUGUCAAAUGCAGCUAUUGAUGAACUAUUGCAGGAGUUAAACUAUUUAAUUGGUUCUUUGUCCCUGCCAGUUACAUGCAGAACUGUAACCCAAAUACUACAUGAUCACCUUUGCCAGUUUGACCAGUCAGUUAUUGAAAAACUUGCCAGGGCCCUCUGUGAAACAAACCCUGUAAACAAAGCAAUAGGAGAUAAAGGCUCCCUUUCUAGUGCUUGGAGACGAAAACAAUUCUAUAAAAGACAUUUUAAAGUGGUAGAACCUGAAGAAUAUAUUCUUGAUAAAAAAAAUAAUAAGUCAUUCCAGUAUGUAUCAAUCCUAAAGUCUUUGCAGCAAGUUCUUGACUGUGAGGUUAUCUUGGAUCAGACUGAUAAUUUAAAUUGUGUGAAUAAACUACUACAAAGAAGUAGUGUUCAUACAUAUAGGUCUUUCUAUGACGGGUCAUUUUUUAGUGAAAAUGAGCUUUUGUGUAAGGAGGAGAGCAUUUCAUUGAUAUUGUAUAUUGAUGAUUUUGAAAUAUGCAACCCUCUCGGUACAUCUAAACGGAAGCAUAAAAUUUGUGGCUUAUACUGGAUUCUUGGUAAUUUGCCACAGGGGUGUAAUUCUAACUUGUCUUCCAUUUACCUGGCUGCUUUAAUCAAAACUAAUGAUUUGAAGUGCUAUGGUUACGAGAAGGUUUUAGAACCUUUACUUAAUGAGCUUGUGAUUUUGGAACAAGAAGGGGUCUUUGUGUCAAAGUUGGGUAGAGCUGUAAAAGGCACAGUUCAGUGCGUGGUUGCAGAUAAUCUUGCUGCCCACAGUCUUGGUGGCUUUGUAGAGAACUUCACAGGGUCAUACAUAUGUAGGUUUUGUUUGGCAGUUAAAACAGACAUUCAAACUACAGAGGUUAGAAGUGGUGCAUUUACCCUGAGAACGAAAAGCAUUCAUGCAGAUCACUUAAAAAUUCUUCAGGAACGUGAAUUUCCAAGUUAUCAGGGUGUCAAAUCAACUUCCAUUUUAUCACAUUUAUUGUAUUUUGACAUUACCACAGGUCUUCCUCCAGACAUUGUGCAUGACCUUUUUGAAGGAGUUGUUCCUUUUGAAUUAGCUUUGUGUCUGGGUGUUUUGAUUAAGAAAAAAUAUUUCACAUUGGUAUCACUGAAUGACGCAAUAGCAUCUUUCAAUUUUAAGGGGACUGAUAAAACUAAUCGACCUCAUCCAAUUGCUCUCAAUUUUGAAGCCAAAAAAAGUGUUGGGGGUAAUGCACAUGAGAAUUGGAGUUUGAUCAGAUUUUUACCUUUGUUGAUUGGACACAGAGUGCAACAUGAAGAGCCAGCUUGGCAGAUCUUAACAGACUUAAGGGACAUUGUUGAUCUUGUGGUCUGUCCUAUUCACACAGAGGACUCUAUUGCUUACCUUGACUUUAAGAUCUCAGAGCACAGAACACAAUUCCAGGAGGUUUUUCCUAAUUGUGACCUUAAACCAAAACACCAUUUCUUGGAACAUUACCCGCACUUGAUUCGCCAAUUUGGUCCUUUAGUAGCCUUAUGGUCCAUGCGCUUUGAAGCUAAGCAUAGCUUUUUUAAAAGAGUUGCACGAAAUAUCAAGUGCUUUAAAAAUGUCCUCUGUUCCCUUGCAGAGAGACACCAGUAUCAGAUGGCACAUCAUUUGCAUUUAUCUGGUUUUCCUAAACCUCUUUUGGAAGUUACAAAUGUUUCCACAGUAACAACUGAUGUUCUCGACAAGGGAAUAGUAAAUGCUCUAAAACAGAAGUUUUCAAAUCUGGCCACAGUGUGCAUGACUAAAAGUGCAACAUUUAAUGGACUGAAGUACAGAUGCGGGAUGAUCUUGAUCCAUGGCUCAUUAGGAGGAUUACCAGAGUUCAUUGAAAUAAUCCAAAUGGUGAUCCUGGCAAACCAGUUAUUCUUUCUGGUCAGAAAACUUGAGGGGUGGUAUGUUGAGCAUUACAGAUCUUAUGAGCUGAAAACAUCAGACAAAGAACUGAAACUGGUUGAGCUACAAGACCUAACAGAUGUAUACCCGCUGGAAGACUACAGAAUUAGAGGAAUACGUCUUGUUACUGUGAAAAGAUAUAUUCACGUUUAAGGGUGAGGUAAUACAAGAUUGUACAAAAAAUUAAAUGCGUGGUACAAAAGACUUUUGUGUUUGUAUGGCUGAACUUAAAAUACAGUAAUAUUUUAAUAACUACCUUAAUAUUUUUUUGGCCCUCUACAAGCAAAUGUCCAAACAUUUGACUAAUAAUGUAUAUAAAAUAUUUUGUAAUGACUUUAAAUAGCGACCAGCAUUGCUUAACUCUGUAUGUACCCUUUUCUCAGAUUGUCAUGGCAAGUUCAAAACCUGCAAGACUGAAGGUGAUUCUAGGAGAGAGCAACACUGAAAAACUGACUCUUCCAGAUGGCAUACCAGACUCUCUGGAUGAGCUUCUCAGCAAGGUGAAGGAUACCUUUGGUUUAAAGACCAAUGUCAGAUUGCAAUAUAUGGACAAAGACUUUGGUAAUGACUUCUUCAACCUCAGCUCAACUUCUGACCUGGAGGACUUGGGAACAGUCAAGGUGAUUCAAGAAAAAGCCAUUCAAACUUUUGUUGAUGUCAUUGAAACAGCUCCAUCUUGUUCUACAGUUCACUCUGACGACAGCAGUUCUUUAGCCUCAAAUGACACUAUAAUCCUCUCCUCCCCUGAACCCUUGUCAUCGCGAACACAACAAUGGCCAGCCAACUUUCCCAUUCCCAUAUUUUCAUAUGACACUGAACGUCAGCUAGAGAAGGGGAAUUCUGAGUAUCAAGCAAACAACAAAAUGUUGACAGUCACCUCCCGAAUGAAGACUGACAUCCUAAAUAGAUUAGUAGAAGAGAUCUACAGAUACAGAGCCUACCCAGAGGAUGCACAGUUCUGUGUAGUUGCAGAGGCCUUGGUUAAAAAACAUCCGUGUUUAAAAGAGCCCGGUUCAUUCAAUGGUUGCUACGGUUGGAAGCAAAGGCUGAAGUACAAAAUGGGAAACUACAGGACUCUACUCAAAUCACAAGGAUGUCCAGAGUUGUCUGUAAACUCUCUUAAAUCCAAAGCUAGUAUUUCUGUUUCUCCUGCUGCAAAAAUAAAGAAGCCAAGACGAGCUGAAGCCAACUUUUAUCCAUCCUUUCCAUUGGGAGAAACACAAGAAAGCAUGGAAAAAGAGAGAAUUGAACUCUUGGCAGCACUCAAAAGGAGGAACAAUGACAGGGUCAUUGCGGAGAAAAUGGCUCGUACCUUUGCCUACAGGCGUCAGGAGGUGGUGAAUGAAGAACCUGGUAUAGAGGAUUUCAAGGACAGAUGGCCUGCUCUGUUCCAACAGAAAGAGAUUAAUGCGGAGUUCCAGAGGCUCAUGGCUCUUCCCCUUGAGCAGACGUUCUUGGCCCAGUUGGACAGGCACUCAAGUCAGCUGAUUAAAGUCAUCCAGGCCAAAGGAGGAGCAACACGUGCAAAAAUGGCUGGCAUCAUGAGAACUUAUGAUGAGGUUGAAGACAUUGGGAUUCGAAGGGAAUGUGUUCUGAAAGGGCUCGUCACCUUUCUUGGAGAGGAUGCAAAAGACCUUAUUAAGGAAUACUGUGGCAGCAGCGGAGAUGAUGCCCAGAUGGAACUCAAACAACUCACCAUGGCAGUGUUUGUGAUUCGGAAGGAGGGAGAGGGAUUGAAAGAACCCCCAGAAGACAUUGGCAUCGUCAUUGAGGGAGUGGAGGUGUUGCAGGACCUGACUUCAGUUGCCUCAGCAUGUGCCCUGCUUCUGGGUUUGAUAUAUUCCCUUAACUUGGCUUAUCCAAAGGCUCUGCGCUUCACAUUUGAAGUGUUCCAAAAAAUCUUCAUGCAGCUUGAGCAGCACAAGAUGUCUCCCAAAGUUCAAAAUUUGUUUGGAAGACUUCAGACCUCACAGUAAAGACACUGGCAUGUUGUGCAACAGGACAGAAGAUCUUCAGUCUUCUUUGUUUGGACAGAAGAACGCCAUGUUUUGGAAGCUUAACACCUCAAGGAACUGCACUUUGUGAACUUCUUUUGGGACAUUGUUCAUAUUAAAGCCACAAGUAAUACAGAGUUUACUGGAUAACAAUUGACCGGUAUUUCUGGAGGAUGUUUACUGAUGAGGUUGUGAUGAACAUUAUCAUUUUGGGAGUAGGUCUUUUUUGUUUUUGACAUUUCAUAAAGUUACAUGGUUCAUCUCUUUGGUUUUGUGUGGGGAAAAAAUACAAGUUAAGGGGGAAAAAUUAAAGUAGGAAAGUAGUAGGCUGCUGCAGUUUGUGGACAUUUUCACAGAAUUUUCUUUUUGCAUUUUUUUUUAAAAUUUGAAUCAACAGAUUUGUUCAGUGUUUUUUGAAGGAGGUUGAAUGGAUCUAGAUCAUAAUGUUUACUAUUCUGUUCUUUUCUGGUGUCAGUUAAAUUAACGGACUUGGUUUAAACUAGGCAGCUAUUACACCACAUCUUUGUUUGAAAACUUGCCUAAAUAUUUUUUGGGUAUUGCUCUUGUUUUCAGUGUAAAAAUAGUCACUAGUGUCAUCAUAUUUUAUGUCAAAAACAUGUUCUCAGCAAAUGUUACGGUUUAAGAGUGUGGAUUUUCUUUUUUAGGAGGACUUGUGUUAAAUCUAAAAAAGCAAAAAAUUUUUCCUGAGGAAUACUUGUGUAUUCUACAACCUCACACAGGGGUGUCCAAGUCUUGUCCAGGAGAGCUACCAUUGUGCAACUUUCAGAUGGACCCUAUUUCAAUACCACCUGAAGCUAAUUUCUGAAUUUACACACCAGCAGACAUUCAGCUCAGCAGAGGCGUUGUAAUGAGCAGUUCAUUUGAUUCAGAUGUAUUGGAGAUGGGAUGCAUCUGAAAGUUGCAAGAUGAUGGCUCUCCAGAACUGGACUUGGGCACCUCUGAUCUAGCAGGUCGCUGAAAUGUAAUAUCCCUUAUGAAGUUUCAAAAGAUUUGUGUAGCAUGUUUAAUGCAUAAUAUUUUGUGAAAAACCUGUAAGUUU